AGGAACGUCCGGGUGGGACUGCAGACCCGCCGGAGCGCAGCGCCUGGGCCAGGGCCUGGAACCUGCUCCGCCCCGCGCUCCCCUGCACCCCUUCCCCACGCUGCUCCCCUCUUCCUAAGCGGACCCGCCUCUCCCGGGCAGCAGAAAAAGGGGUGGGACCCGGGCGGGCUCCGGGAAGGGGCCCUGGAGGAAUGGAUGGUGGCCGAAGGGCGGAGCAGGGGCGGGGCCCGCGGAGACUCCAAGGGGGGCCCCGGGAGUGAGACACCCACUCUGGGAGCACAGAGAACUCAGGUAGUCUGGCUAGAUGGCGGCGCGCACCCUGGGCCGCGGCGUCGGGAGGCUGCUGGGCAGCCUGCGAGGGCUUUCGGGGCAGCCCGCGCGGCCGCCGUGCGGGGUGAGCGCGCCGCGCAGGGCGGCCUCGGGACCCUCGGGCAGCGCCCCCGCAGUUGCAGCGGCAGCACAGCCCGGCUCGUACCCCGCGCUGAGUGCACAGGCAGCCCGGGAGCCGGCCGCCUUCUGGGGGCCUCUGGCGCGGGACACUCUCAUGUGGGACACCCCCUACCACACCGUCUGGGACUGCGACUUCAGCACUGGCAAGAUCGGCUGGUUCCUGGGAGGCCAGUUAAAUGUCUCUGUCAACUGCUUGGACCAGCAUGUUCGGAAGUCCCCCGAGAGCGUUGCUUUGAUCUGGGAGCGCGAUGAGCCUGGAACGGAAGUGAGGAUCACCUACAGGGAACUGCUGGAGACCACGUGCCGCCUGGCCAACACGCUGAAGAGGCAUGGAGUCCACCGUGGGGACCGUAUUGCCAUCUACAUGCCCGUGUCCCCAUUGGCUGUGGCAGCAAUGCUGGCCUGUGCCAGGAUCGGAGCUGUCCACACAGUCAUCUUUGCUGGCUUCAGUGCGGAGUCCUUGGCUGGGAGGAUCAAUGAUGCCAAGUGCAAGGUGGUUAUCACCUUCAACCAAGGACUCCGGGGUGGGCGUGUGGUGGAGCUGAAGAAAAUAGUGGAUGAGGCUGUGAAGCACUGCCCCACCGUGCAGCACGUCCUGGUGGCUCAAAGGACAGACAACAAGGUCCACAUGGGGGACCUGGACGUCCCGCUGGAGCAGGAAAUGGCCAAGGAGGACCCUGUGUGCGCCCCAGAGAGCAUGGGCAGUGAGGACAUGCUCUUCAUGCUGUACACCUCAGGGAGCACCGGAAUGCCCAAGGGCAUCGUCCAUACCCAGGCAGGCUACCUGCUCUAUGCUGCCCUGACCCACAAGCUUGUGUUCGACCACCAGCCAGGUGACAUCUUCGGCUGUGUGGCCGACAUCGGCUGGAUUACAGGACACAGCUACGUGGUGUAUGGGCCUCUCUGCAAUGGUGCCACCAGCGUCCUUUUUGAGAGCACCCCAGUUUAUCCCAAUGCUGGUCGGUACUGGGAGACAGUAGAGAGGUUGAAGAUCAAUCAGUUCUAUGGCGCCCCAACGGCUGUCCGGCUGUUGCUGAAAUACGGUGAUGCCUGGGUGAAGAAGUACGAUCGCUCCUCCCUGCGGACCCUGGGGUCAGUUGGAGAGCCCAUCAACUGUGAGGCCUGGGAGUGGCUUCACAGGGUGGUGGGGGACAGCAGGUGCACGCUGGUGGACACCUGGUGGCAGACAGAAACAGGUGGCAUCUGCAUCGCACCACGGCCCUCAGAAGAAGGGGCGGAAAUCCUCCCUGCCAUGGCGAUGAGGCCCUUCUUUGGCAUCGUCCCUGUCCUCAUGGAUGAGAAGGGCAGCGUCGUGGAGGGCAGCAACGUCUCCGGGGCCCUGUGCAUCUCCCAGGCCUGGCCAGGCAUGGCCAGGACCAUCUAUGGCGACCACCAGCGAUUUGUGGAUGCCUACUUCAAGGCCUACCCAGGUUAUUACUUCACUGGAGACGGGGCUUACCGAACUGAGAGCGGCUAUUACCAGAUCACAGGGCGGAUGGAUGAUGUCAUCAACAUCAGUGGCCACCGGCUGGGGACCGCAGAGAUCGAGGACGCCAUCGCCGACCACCCUGCAGUGCCGGAAAGUGCUGUCAUUGGCUACCCCCAUGACAUCAAAGGAGAAGCCGCCUUUGCCUUCAUUGUGGUGAAAGAUAGUGCGGGUGACUCAGAUGUGGUGGUGCAGGAGCUCAAGUCCAUGGUGGCCACCAAGAUCGCCAAAUAUGCUGUGCCUGAUGAGAUCCUGGUGGUGAAACGUCUUCCAAAAACCAGGUCUGGGAAGGUCAUGCGGCGGCUCCUGAGGAAGAUCAUCACUAGUGAGGCCCAGGAGCUGGGGGACACUACCACCUUGGAGGACCCCAGCAUCAUCACGGAGAUCCUGAGUGUCUACCAGAAGUGCAAGGACAAGCAGGCUGCCGCUAAGUGAGCUGGCGCCUUGUGGGGCUCUUGGGAUGGGCGGGCACCCAAGCCCUGGCUUGUCCUUCCCAGAAGGUACCCCUGAGGUUGGCGUCUUCCUAAGUCCCAGAAGCAGCCCCCACCCCACACAUGACCCACACCGCCCUCACGUGAAGCUGGGUGAGAGCCCUUUCUCCCAUCCGUUGGAGGUCCCAGGAAUGUCACCCAUGGAGAGGCUAUGCGACAUGGCUAGGGCUGGUUCUGCCAUCCUGAGUUUGGUUUCCUGGAAUGAAAAGGUAUUGCCAUCUCCACUCCUCUCACAGGAAGGUGAGGCCCUGGGAUAGCGCACCUGCUCAGAUAACACAGGGCUAGUUAGCUAGUAGCAACCGUGUUUUCUCCAGAUCUGUCUAGAUACAAAGGGCAGAAAUCUUAUUUUCAUACUUUUAUAUUGUGGAAGAACAACAUGCAACACUCACAUGUAGUGUGUGGAUUUACUUGAACAUGUUCUUUUUAACAUGUAGUUAGGAAAAUCUCCUUUUUUGCCUCUACUGGUGAGGAAACAUGAGGAUCAGAGGCCACAUUUUUAAUUAUUGUCUGAAUUGGAGAUGUUUGUACCUCUGUCUAAACAGUUCCCUUGAGAACUUCCAAGCCUCUGGCAUCCUUUCCUGGUGUUUCUCCUGUGCUUGGUUGUGUAUAAUGGAGCUAACUCCUAAGCAGUGGGGUGAAUGUGGCCACCUUAGUUCUGAAGCUACUCCAGUUAUGUUCUGUUUCUUCAAGCUGUGAUCCAGAAAGAUUUUUGUGCCCCCAGAUGCCUCUUGAUAGGAGAGGCAACAUACUCCAAAUAGUUGGGUUCUUCAGGGAAGCUAUUAGAAACUCAGGUGACUUGUUAGAGCACUAACUUGGUCAGAGCCAAAUCCUGGCAAACGCUGCCUGACCUUCACUCUGUGGUUGGGGUGGUGAGAACCACUGAGGUCCAAUGAUGAGACUUGGAGGUCUGGAUCCAGUCUCUCUCUGUUUUAAUGUGACUUAGGUGCUGUCAACAUUAGCAAGAUAAUGGAAAUCACGACGCCAGUGGGUGCUUACCUCCCUGCUAGGCAUGCAGGGGCUGGCGGUUGGCAGGGGAAGGAGGCCCAGUGAGCCGGGUCUCUUAGGGCAGGGAGAGUUUGUCCUCUUUGCCCCAAAGUCUACCCCUCAGGGCCUUGUGGCAGUGCCAGUGUUCGGGGGGUGUCUGGGCUACUGAGUACCCACUCGGUCGUGGCUGUGCUGGCCUCUUGGGUGAGUGAGCCUGUGAUGCCCAGGAGGUGGUGUUGGCUGCAGCGUACACAAAUACUGAGUGGUGGUCUUUUGUUACAGGCUUAGCAACAAAGCUGUGCCCUGGGCAUGGGGGGCUGUAGUGUAGCUACAGUUGUGUGUUUGUGAAAUGGCUUAGCUUUCCAUGUUGCUGAGAGGAACCUGGACAUGGUCCCGGGCAUCUGAAUGAUCUGUAGGGGAGGGAGUUCAAAUAAAGCUUUAUUUUGUUCA